AUGUUCCUUAAGGCAGCCGUGGUAUUACUGGUGAUCGGAGUGGCAGUGUCUUAUCCGGAUGUAUAUGAACCUGUUUAUUACCCGGAGCCUCUGCCGUACUACUUCAACUACGACGUCCACGACGACUACAAGGGAACGCACUUCGACAGGAACGAGAAAUCCGACGGCAAGGCCCUGCACGGCUCCUACACCGUCGCCCUUCCAGAUGGCCGCAAACAACAUGUGGAAUACAAGGCCGAUCACUACAAGGGGUUCGUGGCCAAGGUCAGCUACUACGGCAAGGCCAAGCACCCCAAGUACUACGGCCCUGCCAUCACCUUCAAGCACAAGGCAGGAUCGCGAUUCUGCUUCCCGGGCGAGCGUAUAAGCCGACCGGGGCGCGUGAAAUAUUCACGCCAGCCAGAUCGUACCCUUGUGCAUCGAGACAUUACAAAUGGACGCGAGCCUCUGCCGUACUACUUCAACUACGACGUCCACGACGACUACAAGGGAACGCACUUCGACAGGAACGAGAAAUCCGACGGCAAGGCCCUGCACGGCUCCUACACCGUCGCCCUUCCAGAUGGCCGCAAACAACACGUUGAGUACAAGGCCGACCACUACAAGGGCUUCGUGGCCAAGGUCAGCUACUACGGCAAGGCCAAGCACCCCAAGUACUACGGCCCUGCUAUCACCUUCAAACACAAAGGAGAUAGCUACCACUGA